AAUUACACCCCGCCACCAGGUAGCGUGGCCAUCUUGUCCGCAGAUUGCACGCCUUCGCCUGCAAAUUACUGGCUUGUUUUGCUAGCGACAGACGGCGGGAGGCGUGUCCACGCCGAAUGUGCGGCACGAGCGGAAGGUUGCACUUUACCGCCAACGUAUCCAGGUGUGGGGGUCAUGUGGGGUCAUUCUCUGCUUUUAGCAGCUUGGCGACUGAACAAACGAUGAGGUUGCAGCAUACCUGGCAACCCUUCAGGCUCAUACUAUAUUUCGUCAAUACAUUCACAGACAACAAGCUACACAAGCUAGCUAGCUUUUUUAGCCUUAACCCAUAAGAAGCCAUAGUGUGUCCCCAAAUGGCUGCAUGUUACCUAAGCUAGCUCAUUUCCAAACACUUACUUUCAGCCAUGAAAGCUGGUCUUAGAUCCAUUUAACAAGAAUAUUGCUUCAAUUGUGUGUCAACCACUACAAUUCAACUCAGCAAACAAGCUAUAAGCUAGCCAGCUUUAACAGACUUACCCCAUGAGAAGCCAUGUUGUGUCCCCAUAAUGGCAGUGUGUCAACAGUAAACAAGCUACACGAGCUAGCUGGCUUUUACAAGAAGCCAUGGUGUGUCUCCAAAAUGGCAGUGUGUCAGCAGGCAACAAGCUACAAAAACUAGCAGCCUUAACCCAUAAGAAGCUACGGUGUGUCCCCAAAAUGGCAGUGUAUCAGCAGGCAACAAGCUACAAAAACUAGCAGCCUUAACCCAUAAGAAGCUACGGUGUGUCCCUAAAAUGGCAGUGUAUUAGCAGGCAACAAGCUACACAAACUAGCAGCCAUAACCCAUAAGAAGCUACGGUGUGUCCCCAAAAUGGCAGUGUAUCAGCAGCCCGGUCCUCCCCGGGAGGCGUUAGAGAAAAGGUCUCCGGUCCUGAGCAGACAUCCCAAGUGGCGAGGAGGAGCGGGGAGAAGAAAUCAGCGGCCGGCGCCCGAGGGCAAAGUGGACGCGUGUCCCCCGUGGCGGUGAGCUUCAGACCCCUUCAAACUUCAGCUUGACCGGAUUCCCUUUUGCUGGAGGGGGGGGGCAUGGGGAGGACUGGCGUUGAGGAUCCCGGCAUGAACGCGGGGGCUUUCUCUGGUUCUUGGGCCAUGCUCUUGAUGAGGAAAGGCCCCACAGGAAGCAGCCAGCUCUUUGACCCCUCCCUCGGCCGGCGCUACACCCCCCCUUCCACCGUGCCGGCGUCCGGGGGAAAGAUGGCCGAGGCCCUCGGCGCCCGGGAGGCGGAGGGCGGGGGGGCGUCCCUGGUGGGCAAGCUGCGUCUGACCAACCACGACACGGUCAUGGUGGAGCACCCAGGCGACUUGGUGAAGACCGACAGCCCCAACUUCCUGUGCUCCGUGCUGCCCACCCACUGGAGGUGCAACAAAACACUGCCUGUUGCCUUCAAGGUGGUGGCACUGGGCGAGGUCCCUGAAGGCACCAUGGUGACGGUGAUGGCGGGAAAUGACGAGAACUACUCGGCCGAGCUUCGCAACGCCACGGCAGCCGUGAAAAACCAAGUGGCCCGAUUCAACGACCUGCGCUUCGUCGGGCGCAGCGGCCGGGGGAAGAGUUUCACCCUCACCAUCACCGUCUUCACCAACCCCCCCCAGGUGGCCACCUACCAGAGGGCCAUCAAAAUCACCGUGGACGGUCCCAGGGAGCCCCGACGUCACCGCCAAAAGAUGGAGGACAUGAAGCCGGGGUCCUUGGCUUUCUCCGAGAGGCUGACGGAGCUGGAGCAGCUGAGGCGGAGCUCCGUGAGAGUCACACCCCCCCACCCUCAUCAUCAUCACCAUCAUCAUCAUGCCCAUCAUCAGCAUCAUCAUCAUCAUCAUCAGGCCUCCGCCGCCAACACACGCCAGUCAGCCGCCUUCUCCAGCCCCGCCCACACGCAGGUGUCUGCUGAUGCUCGCCCGAUGCAGUCGUCGCCAUCUUGGUCCUACGACCAAUCGUAUCCCUACCUGGCCCAGAUAGCCACGCCCAGCGUCCACUCAGCCAAUCCCCUUUCACCAACUCGCUCGUCGCUUGGUGAGCUGUCCUCGCGUCUAACAGGUUCAGAGCUGACGUUCGGCGACCCGAGGAUGACCUUGGAGCGCCCUUUCACCUCUCUGCCCUCUUUGCCGGACGCACGUUUCUCCGACCCGCGCGUCCACUACCCCCCCACGGCGGCCGCCUUCACCUACACGCCCCCCCACAACCCCGUCUCCAACGGCGCUCUGGGCAUCACCAUGGCGACGGCCAUGGCGACCACGCCCAGCGGCCGCUACCACACCUACCUGCCUCCGCCGUACCCGUCCAACGCGCCGCACCAGCCGCAGAACCGACCCUUUCAGUCCACCUCGCCGUACCACGUGUACUACUCGGCUGCCGCCGGCUCCUACCAGUUCUCCAUGAUGGCGGGGGGAGGCGGGGACUCACGCUCCCCGCCGCCGAGGAUCCUGCCGCCGUGCACCAACGCUUCCACCGGCUCGCCUCUGCUGCACCCGUCUCUGCCCAAUCCCAGCGAGGGCGUGGAGGUGGAGUCCAGCCACAGCAGCUCGCCGGCCAACAUGGCCGCCGCCGAGGCCGUCUGGAGGCCGUACUGACUGACCUGGACCUUUUCAUCGACGAAACCAGGAGGAAACAAUACAAAAUAAAAGGCAGGACAGCAAGUAUAAAAUUAAAAAAAGUUAAAUAUUAAGGUGUGACAGCCUGUUCGUGUACCCCUCCCACCCACUUCUAUCUAUUUUUGUCAUAAUGACGUCAUGACGCUGCCUGCUAACAUGGCGUCCACCUGUCACCUGGGAAUGUUGAAAUACAAUAAACGGUGUUUUCGUCGCUGGUUUGGUUGUUUUGCUGGUGAAACUGUGACAUCUAGCGGUGGAACUUCAACACUGCAUUGUCGCAGCACUUGGGACGCUUGGGCCCUUCUACUCCACUCCAGUCCAGCAGGUGGCGGUAAUGCACUAACGGCUAGUCUGCCAACCGCCAAAAAAUAACAGA